UUAGUAGGGCAGGUACGGCAGAGGAACCAAAGUCCAGCAGGUAGGAGCCUAGUGAAAAUGAACUCAGUCUUACUGACAAUAUCAAUAGGCGAACUGACUUACGCAAAGUGGACAGGCCUGUAUAUUCAGUCCCCACCCAGUUUUAUGGCUCGGUAGAGCAGUGCAUAGCCUAUAUUAAAGGACGCACCAGAUGACUUGGGCACGAGGCAAAUUUCCGGGCUUAUUUGCAGUUCUCUGUUGUUUCGUUUCUCUUUCACUGGAACAGUGCAUGUCGGAGCUUUUCACACACAGAGAAGCAGAACGGACAGAUCAGUCAUCAGCCAUGGCUUCUAUCAGCAGCUCUAACACAGCCUUUGCCUUGGAGCUGUACCGCACUCUGGGUCAGACCAACACAGGGAAUGUCUUUAUCUCCCCCUUCAGUAUCAGCUCAGCUCUGGCCAUGGUCUACCUGGGAGCUAAAGGAGACACAGCUACUCAGAUGGCAAAGGUUCUGUCAUUCAACUUGACUAAAGACAUCCACACAGAUUUCCAGACACUCAAUGGAGAAAUCAACUCUCCCUCUGCAUCUUACAUCCUGAAACUGGCCAAUCGCCUGUAUGGAGAGAAGACCUGCAACUUCCUGACUGAGUUUUUAGAAUCCACCCACAAGUUCUACCAUGCAGACAUGAAGGCAGUGGAUUUCCUCGGAGCAGCAGAGGAGGCCAGAGGAGAGAUCAAUGGCUGGGUGGAGCAGCAGACAGCAAAUAAAAUCAAAGAUCUGCUGAAGCCGGGGACAGUCAGUGCUAUGACAAGGUUGGCUCUAGUCAACGCCAUCUACUUCAAAGGAAACUGGCUGAAUCGAUUUGACCAAAAAGACACCAAAGAGAUGCCCUUCAAACUAAACCAGAAUGAAAGCAAGCCAGUUCAGAUGAUGCACCAGAUGAAGAAGUUCCCCUUUAACUACGUCCCAGACUAUAACCUCCAGAUCGUGGAGCUUCCGUAUGUGGACGAGGAGCUCAGUAUGUUUGUCCUGCUACCUGAGGAGGCCACUGAUGGAUCUGAUCCCCUAGUGAAGCUGGAGAGAGAGCUGACCAUGGAGAAACUGGACGAGUGGACCAGCAGGGACAACAUGGACACGGGCACAGAGGUCAUAGUUCACCUUCCCAAGUUUAAAUUGGAGGAGGACUACGAGCUGAACGAGCCCCUGACCCAGCUGGGCAUGAAGGACGUGUUUGAGGGGGGCAGGGCCGACCUGUCUGGGAUGAACGGGGAGGGGGGGCUCUUCCUGUCUACGGUGGCCCAUAAGGCCUUUGUGGAGGUGAACGAGGAGGGGACGGAGGCUGCCGCCGCCACUGCUGGGAUAAUAGCGUUCUGUAUGAUCCGAGAGGAACACUUCACAGCUGACCAUCCCUUCCUUUUCUUCAUCCGGCAUAACAAGAGCAAAAGCAUCCUCUUCCUCGGCAGAUUCUCCUCUCCUCAGUAGAAGACUGGUUAAAAAAGCAUAGAGAAGAUUUAAUUUAAUUUAUAACAUUUAUUUGACAGGGACAAAUGAACAUCAUUCAACAUUUCUGUAAAUGUGGCAGAUUUAGUAAGCUAGCUAGUAGCUAGUUCCAUCAGCCCUUGAUUGAAUCCGCUAUAAAAAAAUAUAUUUGAAAAAUAAAGGAAAAUGUCUAUA